UCUCCUUUAAAUGAAGAAUGAGAGAGAAGAAAAUAAAUCUUCAUCGUCCCAACCGUUUCUUCCCUUCCAUUCCCAUCUCCUAAUUUGUAAUUUCCCCUCUCUGCAACCCCCAUAAUCUAACCUGCCUAUGGCCAAAACCGUAAGCUUGAAGCUUCUAGUAGACACCACCACAGAUAAGGUGGUGUUCGCGGAGGCUGGAAAGGACUUCGUCGACUUCCUGUUUGGCCUCUUGCAGCUACCGCUCGGCGGCAUUCUGGCCGCCCUCCGCGGCCAGGCUGUUUCUGGGUCUACAAUCAAAAUCUACGAGAGCGUACAGAACCUUGCCGACGAGCAUUUACAGCCAAACCAGAGGAAGGACUCUCUCUUGCACCCGGCUACAGCGACUUCAAACACCGUGCCGUCGCCGCUAUUGAAGGAGGCGCUGCCUUUCUCUUUUCAGGGAAGUAGCAGCAGUAACUCCAAAAAUGAGGCACUGAAAGGGUACGUCAAAACCGAGGUGGUUUACACGGUGGCGGAUGAUCUGACGGUGGAGCCCCUGUCCACUGUGUCCAGUGUUGCUCUUCUCAAAGCGCUUAAGGUCAAAGACAUCGGCUUCCUCCAGGAGAAGAUCGUUGAGGUUGGCAUGGACGAGGGAUUGAAGCUGUUGAAAGCCUCUUUAGACUCCACCACAGUUCUCACAGAUGUGUUCCUGCGAUGAAGCAAGAGUGGUCCUAUCCCUUUCUUAUGCAUUCAAAGUAUUUGGCCAUAUGUGACUCGCCGUGCCCAUUUUAUUACUAUAUUUUCAGUCGUAAAUGCGUUUCAUUUUUCUGGUCUUGGUUUGUUCUGUUUAACUUUUUUGUCCUCACUUGAUGAUACUCAAUUUGCAAUUUUAACAUUAAUUUUUCUAUUGCUGUUAUUU